AUGUGCGCUUGCGUGCUGCGUGCAUGCGUGAGCCGGUUACCAGCGCCCGGGAGGCGGCAGCCGUUGGAGAAUGAUAAAGGACAGACCCCUGCUGAUGUUGUUCCAGACCCAGUCGAUAUGCCAUUAGAGAUGGCAGAUGCAGCUGCCAGUGCUAAACAAGUCAAGCAAAUGCUACUGGAUGCCAUCCCUUUGUCAUGUGAUGUCUCAAAAGCUGUGCUUCCAAAUUAUGAGUCUACAGCUGCCAAAACCACACUUGCAUCAUUGGGCCUGAAGUUGGGAGACCGUGUGGUCAUUGCAGGACAGAAGGUUGGAAUAUUAAGAUUUUGUGGCACUACCGAAUUUGCCAGUGGUCAAUGGGCAGGCAUUGAGUUGAGUGAACCAGAAGGAAAGAAUAAUGGAAGUGUUGGAAAAGUCCAGUACUUUAAAUGCCCUCCAAAAUAUGGUAUUUUUGCACCUCUUUCAAAGAUAACCAAAGCUACAGACCGAAAGAAGAUUGUAGUAAGAACACCAUCUACACGUGCUACAGCUUCCAUCAAGUCCCAGAAAAUUGAUGUCACUCAUGUAACUUCAAAAGUAAACACGGGAUUAACAACGUCAAAAAAAGAAGGUGGUUCAGAAUCAACACCUCUCUUGUCUCCUGGUGAAGGACUGAAAACCGUACCUGGGAAGGAAGCUGUCCCACCUGCAUCUAUGAGUUCUUCCUCUUCUGUAUCCUCUCUGGACAACAAACAGAUUCACUCCAAGAAAUCAAAUCCAACCAACAGUAAUAAGGAGGCAACGAUGAAAAGUUCUUCCAUUUCAUCGAGAGCCAGUGCUGGGUCUACUACUUCAGUUACAUCUGCAGGAAAUAAACGGGAUGAAGAAAUUCAUGUUGGAGACCGAGUGCUGGUGGUAGGCCAGAGGACUGGCACAGUCAGGUUCCUUGGAACAACAAACUUUGCACCAGGAGUUUGGUGUGGCAUCGAGCUUGAAAAACCCUAUGGCAAGAAUGAUGGUUCCGUUGGAGGGGUGCAGUACUUUACUUGUCAACCAAGAUAUGGAAUAUUUGCUCCCCCAAACAGGGUGCAGAGACUAAAAGAUACUCUUUCAGAGAAUGUAUCAAGUAAACGAAAUCAUCCAGGGCCAGGUUUUAGGCGAAGUUUCAGUACAACUUCUGCAUCUUCUCAAAAAGAGAUAAAUAGAAGAAAUGCUUCUGAAAAAUCCAAAAGUGCUUUAUUCCGUCGAAGCUGGAGCAGCACUCCAUCUACCGGGGGUGUAGAAGGGCCUGUUAAGCUGCACCAGGGCUCCCAGGUUCUCCUGACCAGCUCUAACGAGAUGGCCAUCAUUAGGUAUGUGGGCCCCACUGACUUCGCUCCAGGAACAUGGCUUGGACUGGAACUCAAAGGCGCCCGGGGAAAGAACGAUGGCUCCGUCGGGGACAAGCGUUAUUUCACCUGUAAGCCAAACCACGGCGUUCUGGUUCGGCCAAGCAGAGUCACCUAUCGGGGCAUCAAUGGAUCCAAGCUGGUGGAUGAGGACUGUUGACCUCGAGAGGGGCAGGGCUGGGCAGCUGGGCAUACGGCAUGCAGGGGCAAUGGCCUACGUGUGGGUAACAUGCCUCUCUUCAGAGUGACAUUAAGGCCAUUUACAGAUUAAACUUUAAACAAAAAGAAUAGGAAGAUUUUAAGAAUCAUGAAUCUCAAGAUCAUUUUAAGAUAGUUUAUUUUUCAAAGCUUUUAGACCCAAGUAUGGUCCUAGGAUGUCAGAAAAUUGUGCCAUUAGGAGACCAACCAACAUGUUCUGUUGCCUGUUCUGUCUUACUUUGUCGUUAUACCAUUGGAUUCUUGUUGUUCAAAGCAUUGGCUGCAUUUUACUUUGAUGUUUUCCUUUAGCCGUCAAAAGUGUCUUGGGAAUCGUUAUCCCUGUCUGCACUUUGUCCAGUCAGAGCUACAAAAUGGCCCUAGGUGGCUGAUCAGUCCUAAAAACAGCCUCUCUCUCUCUGGGCCUCCAGAGGAGCCCUAUUUCAAACAUGCAGAGUCUAGAAUUGUAGACUUGAAAAGACCUCAUGACUUAUCUAGUCUGGAUCUAGUUUAUGGAUGAGGAAACUGAGGCGCAGGAACAUGAAGUGAUUUCCCCCAGGCUCACAGCUGCUGAGGCCUUCUGACACCCAGCCUUGUGCCAUCUGCACCCUACGUGCUGCAGGGAUCCUCGGCAUUCUUCUGAAUCACUUCUCAAGGAUCACUGACAAAGCGCCCUUCAGAGAGUCAGCUCCCAUUUUCAAUACCACCUUAUUGCUGCAUAAAAGACCACAUUUGGAAGAAGCACUUUUAAAACUUGAUGCACUUUCAUCUCCAUGGAAAUCUCCUCACUGCAUCUUGAAACGCUUUGCCAGUUUUUCUUGCUGGCUAUAAAGAAAUCGCUUAAAAGAUGCACUUAAGAGAACGGUGUAGAUUGAGACAUCCUAGACUGGAAGUAGUCAUGUAAAUAGCUCACGUAUAGAAUGCAGUGUGGUCUACCACACACUUUUCCUUGCUCAUAAAUAGAAAUAAAAAUAUUGCACAGAUAGCCGAGGUCUUUGUGGUACACAUUCAAUUCAAGCAUUUCUUUAUUUCUCUUUGGGGUGUUACUCCUAAGGUGGCCAUGACAUUUGCCUUAGUUGGUUUCAGAUUUUCCCAAUCAUUGCCCAAGUAUUUGAGCUUUGGCUAAAUGUUACACAAAUUCGACAGGGGAACCCAUUUUCUUUCUGCAGCUUGUGCCCAUCUUCAAUGGUAAGCUUUGUAACAGAAUACCAUUGCAAGGUAUUUGUGUUAUGUCUGUGUCUGAAUGUUUCUGUCCCAUAAAUGUAAAAGAUUUAUAUUUUAUUGUAGAUAUUUAGAUUUGAAGAGACUACAAAAAUAGUAAAACAGUUCACUUUAUAAGAUUUAAAAUUAUCCUUAACAAUGGAACUGCCUUUGCACUUAGAAAGAAAUAACAUGUUCAGAUAUUUUGCAAUAUACUAUUUUUAAACUGAAUUCUGCUGCUCUGCUGCUCUUUUGAAAAAAAAAAAGUAUGGUAUUUCAAAUACUGCUAGACCUAUUUUCCUGAACUACAUUUGCAAAACAAGGCUGUAAUACACUGCCUUUUAAUCAAGGAAUAUUUUUACUGACUAAAGAAAAUGAAUGUACUGUGAUUUUGAAUGUAAACUUAUUUUAUUAUACCGUUUCCGAAAAACUCUGUUUAUUUAUACCUUGAGAUGUAUGUGGAUACCCAGAACUUUUACCAAGUCUAAAAUGUUUCCUCUUGUACAUCAGAGCUCUAUAAAUUAAAAUGUGUUAUAUUAAUGUUGACAAUGAUUUGCUUUUAGGGAAACCAUAAACCACCAUUUUUUCCUCCCUUGCAACCUUUAUUUUCUUUCAUGCAUAUAUUAUGUGAAUAGAGAACAUCUAUUAAAUUCAUACAAAUUUAUACAUUCAUGCAUAAAUACAUGAAAAGAUUUUUUUCAUCUUUAGCUUAUUAACUGUCAGUCUACUCGUACUGAAUUGUAGCUUCUUGAGCAUAAAUAAAAUGGGAAACCAUUGUGUUUUGGAAUAGUGUCUCAUGAUGGACUCUUUCUAUUAUUCUUUUCUUCUCCUUUAGCCCAUAUCAUUAGAAUAUACCAUCAUUUUCUUUGAAAAACAAAACAUUUUAUAAAGAAUUGGGGGUUGUUUUCUCUACUAAGUCGACUGUCCCUGUGUGCUUGACUCUUCUCAUAAACUCUUCAAAAAUGAGUGUGUUUUCUUUAAUACAGCAAGGUUGGUUAAACAAACCACCCACUGUGGAAAGUGUUUUAAUAGGCAGAUUGUUAUUUCAUAAACUCUUGCUAGAAACAUA